AUGUCCGGCCCAGCAAUCAUUCAAGUUCCUCCGGAACUCCACCCGAUACCACCCACAUCGCAUUCUCCCAACUCCCCCUUUCCAGUGAUUGUCUACCGAGGCGCCCUUCUCGACCGCACUCCCACCGGUGCCCUCGAGGCCAUGGAGACAUCCGAAUGGCCGCAAGGAGGCCAUUGGAAAAUCGGUCGAGAGAAAGUCGCAGCCACACCGCAUUACCAUGCUACGACCCACGAAGCGUACACCGUUCUCCACGGCAGUGGAACCUACCUUCUUGGUCAAUCGCCUCUAGACCCCGAGACAGAUGAGGAGGGAAAGCCUGUUGGCGUAAAGUUUACAGCAUCGGCUGGUGAUGUUUUUGUUUUCCCCGCAGGAGUAACGCAUUUCGUCACUGAUACGAAUGAUGACUAUGAGAUUAUCGGGUUCUAUUCUUUGAACGCGCAAAAUUCGCGAGAAAAUCCGUAUGACAUGGAAUUCGCUCUCGAUUCCGUGGAGGAGACGGAAUUGAAGCGGCAAAAAUGCAGACAGGUGCCGGUGCCAGUGCACGAUCCGAUCUACGGGAAGGAUGGCCCUAUUCCGAGAAUUUGGAGAGGAGAAUAG